AUGUCAUAUAAUUGUAAGAUAAACGCUCAAAAUGAUAAUAUUAUUCCGAAUAAUUAUGCGGAAGUUCGAGUACUGUUAGAUCAGUAUUACGAGAUAACGGCGCGAAAAUAUGGAACAUUUCAUGACUAUGAUUCUAAAAAAGUAAGCAAAGAUUUGAAAGAUAUUCCCACCGAUGAUGGUACGGAAGGAAGCAUUAAUCGUAAGGAAGGUAUUGCGGGUGAUCUAUUCGAGAGUGACAUCUUAUUAACUUUACCGCAAGUUAAGGCUUUACUCAAUGAAGACAUUAAAGGCAGAAAUAACCGGCAAGCAAUUCGUGGAAUGCGAUAUAAUUGGGUGAAAACGCCAAUAUCAUAUCAUUUCGGCAGUUCUGAUGUUAAAUGGCGAAAUUUAAUUCGUACCGCUUUACAUCAUAUCGAAAUGGAAACAUGUGUUCGCUUCAAGGAGAACGGUGAUAACAAGAAUUACAUAUAUUUCACACGAGCAUCAGGAUGUUGGAGUAAUGUUGGUAAAAUUGGAGGUCGACAACUGAUAUCCAUUGGAUUUGGAUGUGAAGCGAUGGGUAUAGUAGCACAUGAAGUACUACAUGCUUUGGGUCUUUGGCAUGAACAAUCACGUAGCGAUCGUGACAAUAAUAUUUGGAUCAAUCAUAUUAAUAUUUAUCCGGGUACUCAAGGAAAUUUUGAAAAACGAACAACACUAAAUACUGAUAACAUGGGAUUGUCUUAUGAUUAUGGUUCCCUGAUGCAUUAUGCUUCCAAGGCAUUCACAAUCAAUUAUGACAGAUAUACGAUUGAGACCCGUGAUCGGCGCUAUCAACAAACAAUCGGACAACGAGAAGCACUUUCAUUCAAAGACGCAAAAAUGAUUAAUUUACGAUAUUGCAAUGACACCUGUAAAUAUCAAAUGAAUUGCUAUAAUGGUGGAUAUACAAAUCCAAAUAACUGUUAUAAAUGCAAAUGCCCGAGUGGAUUAGGAACACCGAAAUGUGGCGGUGAAUUGUGGGCCAAUGAUGAUUAUCAAACGAUCACAAGCACUAACCUAUAUGGUAACAUUCAUUGCGUCUGGAGAAUUAGAUCGAAAGCACGAGUGCUCGUAUACGUUGAUGAAUUACAAUUGCCUUGCAAAGAAACAUGCACAAGCUAUUUGGAAUUGAAAUUCAAAGAAGAUAUGAUUCCAACUGGAUCACGACAUUGUUGUGGGCCACCAAAUGUCUGGAUAGCAAGUGAAAAGGAUGCCAUCAUUAUCAUCUAUUCCGUAAAUAUCCUCAUCAAUGGCUCCGACACGCAGGGAUUUAAGUUGCGCUAUAAGCUAUGCAAGUUUUAA